CGGGGCCACACCGCGGCCGCACCGGGGCCACACCGGGGCCGCGGCCACCAUGGCUUCCAUCGGCAACUUCUUCCGACGGAGCCUGCGGCGCUCCGGCCGCAGAGGCAAAGAGGAGGCUCCUGGUGCAGAGAACCCCUCGCGGGUGCCGCAGGGGAAGGCCGGGGAGCGGAGCCCUCUCCUCUAUUCUGCUGGCCAGUUCUUCUUCGAGUACCUGGUGGUGGUGUCCCUGAGGAAGGUGCUGGAUGGACGUUACGAGCCCAAGAUAACCUACCAGUUCCCAAAGCGUGAGAACUUGCUGAAGGGCCAGAAGGAGGAGGAGGAGCGUCUCCUGCAGGCCAUCCCCCUCUUCUGCUUCCCCGAUGGCAACAACUGGGCCCCUGUCACCGAGUUCACCAGUGAGACAUUUUCCUUCGUCCUCACCAACGUGGAUGGCAGCAGAAAGAUCGGCUACUGCAGGCGGCUGCUGCCAUCGGGCCGUGGCGUCCGCCUCCCUGAGGUCUUCUGCAUCAUCAGCUGCCUGGGCUGCUUUGGGCUCUUCUCCAAGAUCCUGGAUGAGGUGGAGAAGAGGCGGCAGAUCUCCAUGGCAGUGAUUUACCCCUUCAUGCAGGGCCUGCGGGAAUCGCCCUUCCCAGCUCCAGGGAAAACCGUCACCAUCAAAAGCUUCAUCCCCGAGGCAGGCACAGAGCUCAUUGAGCUCACCCGGCCUGUGGAUGCCCACCUGGAGCACGUGGAGUUUCAGGCUCUGCUCCAGCAGCUCAGCCCCCAGCUCAUCCUGCACAUCUUUGCCUCGGCCGUGCUGGAGCGACGGCUCAUCUUCCUGGCGCAGGAGCUCAGCGUCCUCUCGCAGUGCAUCCACGCCGUGGCCGCUCUCCUCUACCCCUUCACCUGGGCUCACACCUACAUCCCCGUGGUACCCGAGUGCCUGCUCGACACCGUCUGCUGCCCCACGCCCUUCAUGGUCGGCAUCCAGAUGCGGCACCUGGAGCGGGUCCUGGACCAGCCGAUGGAGGAGGCUCUGAUCAUUGACCUCUGUGAAGGGAAGAUCCUCCGGGCGGUUGGCGAUGAGGAGGAGAUCUUGCCCAUCAAGCUGCAGAAUGAGAUGCUGACGUCUCUGAGCAGGCACAACAACAACAACAACGUGCACACACCCGAGCAGGUGAACACGCUCGUCUCCGAGGCCUUCGUGCACUUCUUUGUGCGGACAGUGGGCCACUACGCCUCGCACAUCAAGUGGAGCAAAAGCGGAGCAGGAACCUUCCAGGAGCGAGCCUUCUGCAAGGCCGUGGCCUCCAGGAGCAGCCGCAAGUUCGUGAAGAAGUUUGUGAAGACCAACAUGUUCUCCCUGUUUAUUGAGGAAGCAGAAAAGAGCAGGAUCCCCCAGGAAGCGUAUUUCCAGCGGAAAAUAACAGAGUACCGGGAACAGAAGAAGCACCGAAGGGAUUCCUGAAGCCCGGCCUGGAGCAGGGUCACUGCCAGCAGCACCACACAGCACGGACUCUGCCCCAUCCAAGGGCAGAGCACCCCUGCCUCUGCUGGACGUGUCCACCAGUUCCUACCCAUCUGUGACUCACGAGAUGUCUGGGCAGCACCAAACACCAGUUCCCAGCUUUUCCCUUUUUCCUCAGGGCACCAUGGCACUGGAAAACUCUGUUUGCACAGAGCUAGCAAGCGGGCUGUGCUCUCUCCUCUGCUCUCACUAGCACCAGGCACAAACUGCAGCUCACAGUGCCCAGCCCUGGGCAGAGACUUGGACCCACCAGGACCUCAGGCAGCACUGAGGGAAGUUGGGGAGCUGGCUGCAGGACAACAAAGGCUGUAGAGUAGUUGUUAGAGAAGAUGAGUAGAAAUAGUGUUAUUUCCCAUGCAAGCAAAGCUAGGGUUUGCAAAUCAGUAACAUCCUAUGGGACAAGCUUCCAAGGUUUCUAUUAUUAACAAGUGUUUCAUUGGAUUUUCUAUCAAGAUAUACUCAUUGUUAAAUAGCAGCAGGAACUGUUAUGGUGGGUUGUAGUGGUUUCCUCUACAGCAGCUGCCUGGGACCACUUAGAGCCCAGUUUAGCUCUUUAUAGAAACAAAAAGAGUCUUUUCCAGCAGGUUAUUUAUUUGUGCUAUAAGCAAACUGUGAAGGCCACUGGGCUGUGUUUUGUAGUAGAGGGAAAUGGCUGAUCAACAGCUUCGAGUGGGGAGGAAGUAUUUGUUAAAUCCAGCAGUAAAACACAUCAACAUCCUCCUUG